AUGUUCUCCUGCGUGAAGCCCUACGAGGAGCAGAACUACGCGGCGCUGAAGCGGGCCUGCCGGCGCCGGAAGGUGCUCUUCGAAGACCCCAACUUCCCCGCCACCGACGACUCGCUGUACUACAAGGGCAGCCCGGGGCCCGGCGUCCGCUGGAAGCGGCCCAAGGAGAUCUGCGAGGACCCCCGCCUCUUCGUGGACGGCAUCAGCUCUCAUGACCUGCACCAGGGCCAGGUGGGCAACUGCUGGUUCGUGGCAGCCUGCUCGUCGCUGGCCUCCCGAGAGUCGCUGUGGCAGAAGGUCAUCCCCGACUGGAAGGAGCAGGAGUGGGACCCCGAGAAGCCCGAUGCCUACGCGGGCAUCUUCCACUUCCACUUCUGGCGCUUCGGGGAGUGGGUGGACGUGGUCAUCGACGACCGGCUGCCCACGGUCAACAACCAGCUCAUCUACUGCCACUCCAACGCCCCGAACGAGUUCUGGUGCGCCCUGGUGGAGAAGGCCUAUGCCAAGCUGGCGGGCUGCUACCAGGCCCUGGACGGCGGCAACACAGCGGACGCGCUGGUGGACUUCACGGGCGGCGUCUCCGAGCCCAUCGACCUGACCGAGGGGGACUUCGCCAACGACGAGGCCAAGAGGAACGCCCUCUUCGAGCGCAUGCUGAAGGUGCACAGCCGGGGCGGCCUCAUCAGCGCCUCCAUCAAGGCCGUGACAGCAGCGGACAUGGAGGUGCGUCUGGCGUGCGGCCUGGUGAAGGGCCACGCCUACGCCAUCACGGACGUGCGCAAGGUGCGCCUGGGCCACGGGCUGCUGGCCUUCUUCAAGUCCGAGAAGCUGGACAUGAUCCGCCUGCGCAACCCCUGGGGCGAGCGGGAGUGGACCGGGCCGUGGAGCGACACCUCGGAGGAGUGGCGGAAGGUGAGCAAGAGCGAGCGGGAGAAGAUGGGCGUGACCGUGCAGGACGACGGCGAGUUCUGGAUGACCUUCCAGGACGUGUGCCAGUACUUCACCGACAUCAUCAAGUGCCGCCUGCUCAACACGUCGUACCUGAGCAUCCACAAGACCUGGGAGGAGGCCCGGCUGCGCGGGGCCUGGACGCGGCACGAGGACCCGCGGCAGAACCGCAGCGGCGGCUGCAUCAACCACAAGGACACCUUCUUCCAGAACCCGCAGUACAUCUUUGAUGUCAAGAAGGCGGAAGAUGAGGUGCUGAUCUCCAUCCAGCAGCGGCCGAAGCAGUCCACCCGUCGGGACGGCAAGGGCGAAAACCUGGCCAUCGGCUUCGACAUCUACAAGGUGGAGGAGAACCGCCGGUUCCGCAUGCACAGCCUGCAGCACCGAGCCGCCAGCUCCAUCUACAUCAACUCCCGCAGCGUCUUCCUGCGCACCGACCAGCGGGCGGGGCGCUACGUCAUCAUCCCCACCACCUUCGAGCCGGGCCACACCGGCGAGUUCCUGCUCCGCGUCUUCACCGACGUGCCCUCCAACUGCCGGGAGCUGUGCCUGGACGAGCCGGCCCGCUCUUGCUGGAGCUCCGUGUGCGGCUACCCGCAGCUGGUGACCCAGGUGCACGUCCUGGGGGCCGCUGGGCUCAAGGACGCCCCGACAGGGGCUAACUCCUACGUGAUCAUCAAGUGCGAGGGGCACAAGGUCCGCUCCGCCGUGCAGAAGGGCACCGCGACGCCCGAGUACGACGUGAAAGGCGUCUUUUACCGCAAGAAGCCCGGCCAGCCCGUCACCGUCCAGAUCUGGAACCACCGCGUCCUGAAGGAUGAGUUCCUGGGCCAGGUGCAGCUGAAGGCCGACCCCGAUGACCUCCAGGCCCUGCACACCCUCCACCUCCGAGACCGGGACAGCCGGCAGCCCAGCGACCUGCCCGGCACCAUCGCCGUGCGCGUGCUCAGCAGCGCCACCCUCACGGCCGUCUGA